GUUCCUUCGCAUCCUCUCCACAGAUGCAAGCUGUAAGAAAUAAGAUGGCAACGCUGAAGGCCAAGCUGGAAGAGGCCGAGAAAAACGCCAACAGCGCAGAAGAAGAACUGCAGGCAACCAACGAGAAGGCAGACGCGGCUGAGAAGGAAGCUGAGAACUUGACUAUGGAGCUCCAGCAACUUGAGGAUGAUCUGGACGCUGCCGAGUCGAACUUAUCGGGGGCCCAGGCGAGGUUGAGCGAAGCAGAGAAAGUCUCUGAUGAGAACGCCAGGUGCGUGUUUGUUUGGCCAGGCUUAAUACUGGAAAAUCGUGGUCAAAGUGAUGCAGAAAAGGCGCAGCGGCUGGAGGCUGAAUUGGAGGAAAUGAGGCGUUCAGAUGGAAGAGACGCAAUCCAAGCAUGAAGAGGCCGCGGAACAAAUUCAUCAGCUGGAAACUGAGUUGGACCAACAGACAGAAGCAUGUGAGGGUGCUGAAGUGCGCGUUAAGGAACUGGAAGAGGAGGCGACAGAAGUGGGAAACACGGUCAGGGCCAAGGAGAUGGAAUACACGAAGGCCAAAAGCGGACUUGAGAAAACCCUGAUGGAACUAAUGCCAUGUGAAAGUCUUCGAACAUGAAGAGCUGUUACACCAGGCCACUUCGACAUGGAUUGCAACGUCACCUUAUGAAACCAAAAUACAACAAUGAUAGUCCGAUUCAUUCAACAUAAACCUAAAUAUGUACCCUUCGGAUGAUAUCAAACAUCGAAACCUACAAAACGGAAAAAAGCAUACUUAUGACGUCACGGUAAAUACGGUACCUGGCACUAUGGUUUGUGAAAAAUUACAUUUUUUUAAAAGCAAGCAAAUCAAAUAUCGUAACGUCUUGCAGCUGUAUGUUACUGUGAUAAUCAAUCACUGUUUGCCUCUGAAAAUCAUGAUAAGAAUAUGUUUCCCUCCAUACCGUAAUAUGGAGUGAAAUAUAAAAAUGUUGUAUGUUGAAUUCAUAAGCUCUUAAUUUCGGACACACUUUUCUCGUCCGUUCUUAUCAUAGCGUGUCAGGAUCGACCACAGCUGGGGCAUAGCAAGGUGGAUACGUGAAUGGGUGUUAGAUAUAGUGUUGGUUAUAUUAUUAAAUCCACUAAUUUGUAGUCAUUAUAAGAUUGUUUGAUUUAUUUGGAUCUCCAUUAGUGAUAACGUUAUAUAUAGUUCCGCUGCACUGUUUUUCUUGGAUUCCGUACAGUACAGGUACGAUGAAACGAAAUGUAAUAGACAAAACAAUUUGUAAACAGUAAAAAGUAAGUGCAGCUUUAAUUUUACUAAUGAAUGGAUCGAUUAUGGAGGGAUUUUAGACAAUGUUUCUAUAUUCAUCACAUACUCAGGAGACCUCUUUUAGAUUGAUAUUGAAAUUUGACACCUAAUGUACAGCGUGUUUUAGAAAUUUAUGUUAGUAAGGGAAAUAAUACUCUCCAAGCAGAGGUUAGGCUCUGGCUUUUUGAAGCUAUUUUUAUCAGGCUUUCUAUUUUGUACCGUUUUCUGUAAGGUCUCAGCCGAAGCCUAACUUCUGCUUGGAGAGUAGGAAAAUAACAGGUGCAGAAGAAUUAGAUUAUACUUAUGGCAGUUUUGUAAUAUGGUGAAAUUGAUACAUUUGUGUAGCGGUUUUUGGUUACAAGCUUUUAUCUGUAUUUUGGCGUGUGGCGGUUUCAACACAACUCUGCAACAUUUGUCAAUCAACGUCAUCAGUACGUCAUA